AUGAAUGUUGUUAAUAUUGUAAAGAAUAAUGAUAAUGAUUAUAAAAAUCAUGAAGAAAAAGAUAAAGAAGAAAGCAAUAGUGAUGAUAAUCUAAAUGGUAAAUCAAAGAGUACUAUUAGUUUUUCAUUUAAAAGCAAUAGUAGCAGUAUUAAUAGUAAUAGUAGUAAUAAUAAUAAUAGUAGCAAUCAAAAAAGAAAAGAACCAGAAAAGAAACAAGAAAACUUUAUUACAUCACUUGAAGGUACAAAGAUUACCUCUAGCAUAUCAGAUGAAAAACCUUUACCGAAACCACCGAAAGUAAUACCAUUAUCAGAACAAAGACAUAUAAAUAGUAUAACUGAAAUAGAAACAUCAAUAUCAACAACAAUAUCGACAACAACAUCGACAAGUAAAUCAACAAAUACAUUUGAAAAUAUAAUUAAAACAGAAAGAGAAGAAAAAGAUAAAUUUAAAAGAUUGAAAUCUGAUAAUAAUAGUAGUAGUGAUAAAAAUGAAGAUGAUAAUAGUAAUACUUUUAAACCAAAACAACAUGGAUUACAAAUAAUAAAACAAAAGGAUAAGAACAAACAAAAAGAUGAUAAUAAUAGUAGUGGUAGUAAUAGACAAGAGAUAAAAUCAUUGAUUGGAAAUAAGAAGAAUGAUGAUCAUAAGGAUGUGGAGAUGAAUCAAGUAGUAAAGGUUAGACCAUUGAUUGAAAAGUUGGAUGGUCUGGAUCGAUUCGAUAACGACGAUGAUAAGUUUAAGUUUGAUGUUGAAUCUCGACCGGAGGAAGCGGACAAUGAAGAUUACGAGGAGACACCGAUCGAGGUGUUUGGCGAAGCGAUGCUCCGUGGCAUGGGAUGGCAACCCGGUCAAGCAAUAGGUCUAACCAACAAGGGUCUGAAUGAACCGAUUCAGUUUGUUAAGCGACCGGGUUACCGAUUGGGACUUGGUGCGCAACCGAAGGAUGUAGACGACAAAGACAAACGCUAUCUGGUUGCACAGAAAGGUGAAGACGGUAAAGUUAGACACAUGGUAGGGAUCUCUGAGAAGCUGGUACCGAUGAACAAGAGUGGUUCACAAUCAUACAACGUAGGUGAAAGAGUAUUAGUAAUCAGUGGGCAACACGAAGGAAUGUACGCAGAGAUUGAUUCCAUCCCCAAAGAUUCCGACGACAAGCUAGUUAUCAUAUUCAAAUCAAAUGAACGUGCAGUCAUUAACAAAGUAGAUAUACAACUAAUUGAAAAGACAUCAAAUUCAAACUCAACAUCAUCAUCAUCAUCAUCAUCUAAACAACAACAACAACAACCUGUUAAAUCAAUAAGUAAAAGUAGUAGUAGUAGUAGUAAUAGUAAUAAUAGUAAAAGCAGUAGUAGUAGGGUUGACGAUGAACCAAUGUGGUUAAGAAAUAAUGUGUUGGUAAAGAUAGUUAGUAAGAGUUUGGCGGAUGGAAAGUAUUAUAAUAAGAAAGCAAAGGUGAUAGAUAUUGUUGGUGAGAAGUUAUGUUGUUUGGAGUUAUUGGAUAGUGGUGUGGUGCUAGAGAAUAUUAAACAAAGAAUGUUGGAAACAGCUAUUCCAAGAGAAAAAGGUGCUUCCGUUUGUGUUGUACAAGGUAAACAUCGUGGUCGUCUAGGUUCACUCGUAGAAAGAACUACCAAUUCUAAACGUAGAGAAGUCGCUAUCAUUCAACUGAUAGGCGAUCUAUCGGUACAGGAAUUCGAUUUAGAUGAUAUCUGUCAGUUCAUCGGUAAUAGAGAUAGUGAAUAUCAUACUUAA